AUGAGUCGCGAUGAUCACUUAAAUUGGUUUCACGGCAGUUUGACACGCGAUGCCGCGGAUGAUCUGUUAAAGCAAGGUUAUGAAGAUGGAACAUUUCUGGUGCGCGAAAGUAGCACAGCAGCUGGAGACUUUGUACUGAGUCUACUUUACCAGGGCGAGGUUUGCCAUUAUCAAAUAAGACGUCAUGGUGAGGACGCCUUUUUUUCCAUUGACGACAAAGUGCAAACCAAGAUUCUGCACGGCCUAGACACAUUAGUCGAGUACUACCAAGAGGCAGCCAAUGGACUUGUUACUCAUCUGACGGUUCCGCUGAUCCGAGAUGCACCGCCACAUAACACACGCAGUCAUGGCGUCACCAAUCUAUUGCACCGCGCAACAGGUAAAAACGACUCUAAAGUCGUUUUCGAGCUCCUUAAAUGUGGCUAUCGAAAUUUUGACGCUAAAAAUCAAGAUGGUCAAACGGCUCUACAUUUGGCGGCGCUGCAUUGUGACGAGGAAAUAUUAAAGCUUUUGCUGGACGCACGCGUUCAAGUAAACAGCAUGGACUCGUUUGGCUACCAACCUCUACAUUAUGCAUGUCGUCAUAAAUCAGCCACAUUUAUACGAACACUCAUAGCAGCUCAAGCCAACGUGCAGGGACGGAACAUUGAAAACGGACAUGUCCCGUUACACGAGGCUGCCAAGUAUGGUAAUCUGGAGGCGGUACAGGAACUACUAGAGGCACACGCCCCACUUUUGCCACGCACCAAUUCUGGAGAAUUCCCUUUUGAUCUUGCCAAGGAGUCUGGUCAGACGCAAGUAGAGGGGUUCCUGCUAAACUACAAGCUGCCACUGGCAAAUACAAAUAAGGAACAAUGGUAUCACGGCACAUUAACGCGCGAUGAGGCUACAUCUAUUCUCAAGAAACACGCCAGCGAUCAACAGGCUUCACAGCUGGCGGCAUCACAUACUUCAGAUACUUCGGGAUGCUUUCUAGUGCGAUACUCGGAGUCUCCCGCUGGAGCUGGGUAUGUACUGACAUUGCUGUGCGAAGGGAUGACGAAAAACUUUCGCAUCUCGCAGGCUGAACUUUUUCAAUAUAUUAAAGCCCGGCCAGACUUGGGCCGCAGCAGCUUACAGUCAAAGUUUCUCUACAUUGACGAUGGACCAUAUUGGCCAAGUCUGGAGCAUUUGGUGGAGCACUUCAUGCGCUUCUCAUAUGGUCUACCGGUCCGUCUCAGGUAUCCGGUGCCACCACAACCCAAGCCAGAGUUACCGUCCUUUGCGACGAUACCACGUAGCAUUCCGAAGCGUACUUUACCUGCAGCAAUAGAUUGCCACGUGUCCACCAUAGGCAUAACCAAGAAAAAGGAGAGCAGCUCCAUGUUCAACACACUCCGAUUAACUAGCCCUAAAAAAGCCCUUUUCGACAUGAACAGUCUGCGCAAAUGUAAGACAAAGCCUAAGCGUAACAAAUCGGAGUCAGAGGUUUCAGUCGGGAAGGCGCAUCACAAUACUGAGGAGUUUCAUGCUACUGCGCCAAUGCUACAGAAUUUACGUUUCUUCACCGAGUUUAGCAGCGUUCAAACUGAUUCUGGUGGGAAUGCGAAUCCGCCACUUGGUGCUGCGGCUAUCGAAUUCUACAAUGUGCCAAAAAAUAAUUCGGCCGUCGAGCCACCAUUGCCAAGCACACUGAACAUAUCAACCAAGACUGAAGCCGAAAAUGAGUAUUUCACCAAGAGCGAUUUGCUUAUUACACGAGACCGUGAUCUUAAUAGCAAUGGCUACUUGCCCACCACUGACGUGCGCUUUGUUGUGGAUUCUGGGGAGGGCAGUCAAAUUAUUAAAGAAAUUGGCUAUGACAGAAAACAGACAGCACGUUUAGAUUCGUUCAUUUCAUCCUGUUCGACGGAGAGCGAAAUGGCCAGCUAUUUGCAUAGGCAGUGUAAUGGAUCCUUUACUUCGGAAAACUCUUCAACUGAUACGAACAAAGAAAGAUUCUUUAUACAAGCAGAGAAUAUCGAGCGAGAAGGUGUUAUUGGCGAAGGUGAAUUCGGCUCUGUGUACAAAGGGUGGCUGUUGACACGGAACAGCACUACAGGUGUUGAUGUGCGUGUAGAAGUAGCCAUUAAGACGCUACGUGACGAGCAUAGCAACAAAAAGGAGUUUCUGCGUGAAGCGUCGGCCAUGAUUCGCCUGCAGCACCAGUGCAUUGUACAGCUGAUUGGAAUUGCCAAGGACCCCGAAAAUCUUAUGAUGGUACAGGAACUUGCUUCGUUGGGUUCUAUGCUGCAUUUCAUUAUAAACAACAGUGAGCAGAUCCGAGACUGCUCCGAAUUCAAGCUGUGGGCAUCUCAAAUUGCGGAGGGAAUGAACUAUCUGGUAUCUCAGCACUUCGUACAUCGAGAUCUGGCCGCUCGCAACAUUUUGCUCGCUUCACGGCGCCAAGCCAAAAUAAGUGACUUCGGCAUGUCGCGCUCCCUGAGCACGGGUAGCGAUCAGUAUACCUUCACUCAGGGCGGCAAAUGGCCCCUUCGGUGGUACGCACCCGAGAGUUUUAAUAAUGGCAUCUUCUCUCAUGCCAGCGACGUUUGGUCUUUUGGCAUUACACUUUGGGAAAUGUGGGCCUUAGGAAAGCCGCCAUAUGGCGAAAUCAGCAACGUGGAUGUAAUAAAGCUUGUGGAUAGUGGACAGCGUUUACCGAAACCAGAUUUAUGUCCAGUUAACAUCUACGCAAUCAUGAACAGCUGUUGGAACUAUAGUCCGAAAAACCGACCCACAUUUGCUUAUCUCAAAGAGUUCUUUGCGCGCACUUUGGACUAUCAAAAUUUGCUAGAGAUGGCUGAAACUGUGCGCAUUUAAAAAGACUUUCGGUCGCCAUUUUUAUGUUAAAAUACCCUUCAACAAAGUACCGAAACUAUUUUUUAACGUGGAGAAUUUGAUACAUCAUUAGAACUGAACUGUCAAACCUACGAACGAAUAUCGCUUAUCUAUUUAUCUUGUUUUCGUAAAUGUCUAAGUUUUUGUUUGUUAAAAAUAGAAUAGAUAUUUUCAAAAGGUAUUUAAACCAUGCACCCCAAGGGUGAAUGGGUGUAUUAGAAAGUUUAAACGCCAAACGCGUUAUAUGUAUGAUGAGCAUGGCGAGAUGAAUCGAUAUACAUAGAUAGGUCAGUUUGUCCGUCCGUAUAAACAUUGAAACUUAAAAACAAAAAAAACAAAAAAUUGGAUAUCAACCUGGUAUGUAAACUAAUUUAUAUGCAAGCUUAUUAAAAACUAUUUAUAGCCUCACUAUAUGAUGUAGCCGCCAUACGAAGGAUCAGUGCAACAAUCAAUGGUAGGACCAAAAAUAUUUUGGUUGUUUACGAUAUCGUAACUAAAAUUGGUUCUUAUGGGGUUUCUACAGUGCCUCGUAUAGUAGACAUAGGAUGAUCGGCGCAGUAACCAAGCUUGGUACCAAAAACAUUGUUUUUAAUUGGAAGAUGAAUCAAAAUGAAUUAACUAUAUUAUUAUAUAGCUGCUAUAGAAAUGAUUUUACAAGAAAGUUUAUUAUAUCCUGUAUCCAAAGGGUGAAAGGCUAUACUAGUUUUGUGCGGAUGUAUGUAACAGGCAAAAGGAGGCGUGGCAGACCCCACAAAGAAUAUAUAUUCUUGAUCAGGGUGACAAGCCGAGUGGAUAUAGCCAUGUCCGCCUGUAUGAGCGCAAGGAUCUCAGAAAGUACAAGAGCCCUAGGCAGGUCGAGUUUGUUUUUUUAUUCUAAUACAACCCCCUCCCCAGCAAUUCGUGUUCUUAUACCCCGUACCCGUAGGGUAAAAAGGGUAUAUUAGGUUUGUGCAAAGUCAUGCUGAUUCAGAAUAUAUAUACUUUAUGGGGUCGGAGAUGCUUCCUUUUGCAUGUUACAUACUUUGCACAAACCUAAUAUACCCAUUUUACCCUACGGGUACAGGGUAUAAAAAUAUUAAAUCGAGAUGCUUCAGAAAGUAUAAGCAGUCGGGUUCAACUUUUCAUUUUUCUAAAUAGUCCAUAGCCAAAUCAAAUUUUCUUAUUCUUAAUUUCAAUGUUAUAAAAAUUACCUUGCCCGAUGCAAGUUACAAUUCGCUAAGGACCCUAAACAGUUCUAUAGUUUCGUUAACUCAAAACGAACAAGUAAAAAGCUAAAGUCGGGUGUCCCGACAUUGAAAUACUCUGUACAUAUGUUUACAAUAAUUAUCGAAAAU